GAUGGCCGGAGUCGGGAGGAACAUGAUCGCGCCGCUGCUGGUGCUCAACCUCAUCAUGUACAUCGUCGUCAUCGGCUUCGCGAGCUGGAACCUCAACCACUACAUCAACGGCGAGACCAGCCACCCGGGGGUCGCCGGCAACGGCGCCACCUUCUACUUCCUCGUCUUCGCCAUCCUCGCCGGCGUGGUGGGCGCCGCCUCCAAGCUGGCGGGCGUCCACCACGUCCGCUCCUGGCGCGGCGACAGCCUCGCCGCCAGCGCCGCCUCGGCGCUCAUCGCCUGGGCCAUCACCGCGCUCGCCUUCGGCCUCGCCUGCAAGGAGAUCCACAUCGGCGGCUACCGCGGCUGGCGCCUCCGCGUGCUCGAGGCGUUCGUCAUCAUCCUCGCCUUCACGCAGCUGCUCUACGUCGUCAUGCUCCACGGCGGCCUCUUCUCCGGCGCCAGCCACGGCGCCGGCGCUGGCUACGGCGGCGACUACCCGGCCGACCACCACCACAAGCCCGCCGCCGCGGCCAGGGUCUAACUGGCUCGCUCGCCACCACCGCCUGUGCCACGUACAUCCCACCGUCGCGUCGCCAUGCGCGCACACACACAUCCAUCGAUCGAUCCAUCCAUCCAUAUGAACGAACGAGCUUUGAUUUCACAAUUUCACUUUGUUUUAUUCCGUUUCGUUCGUGCUUUGCUGCUAAUAUGCAAUGCACGCUGUUCAUAUAAAUAAGUACCCUCUGCUCUGUACCAACGAUCGUAGUCAUCAUGUAUGUAAUGUGCCGUUUGGUUUGGUUUAGUUCAAACUUCAAAUAUUUGCAACCGUGUUUUACCUUUGUUUUGAUUCAAAUAUAAAAAUGUGUA